UCUGACGGUGGCUUUUGCACCACAACUCAGAAAAGUUGUAAACGAGUGGUAGUCUUAUCACAAGUGAUUUUCCAGCUUCAUAUCAAUUUGCACACGGCCUAGUGCUUGCUUGGUCUUCGUAAGAAGAGAUGGUUUUCUCCUUUCCAUAUGCUCGAACAAUGCAGAAAUCCGAAACUUCGCUUGGAAUACCUGGAGAUGGAAGAUGUUUGUUCCGGUCUAUCGUUCAUGGAGCCUGCCUGAGAAAAGGGAAGCCAUCUCCAAGUGAGAGCCACCAGAAAGAACUUGCAGACGAGCUCAGAGCUAAAUCCAUUCUGGUCAUCCUUUCUUACAAAGCAAACAUUAAAUGGUUUGGGCAGGUGGUAGAUGAAUUCAUCAAGAGGCGAGCUGACACUGAAUGGUUUCUUGAAGGUGAUUUUGACACGUAUGUUGUACAGAUGCGACAGCCCCACAUAUGGGGAGGAGAGCCUGAGUUGCUGAUGGCCUCCCAUGUUCUACAGAUGCCAAUCACUGUGUACAUGAAGGACAAGAAUUCUGGAAGCCUGAAAAUUAUAGCUGAAUAUGGUCAAGAAUAUGGUCAAGAUGACCCCGUCCGUGUCCUUUAUCAUGGUUAUGGACACUAUGACGCAUUGCGCAGCCAAAGUCUUGGUGCAGAAUCCAAGCUAUACAAAAAAAAGAUGAAGGGAUACUUGCAGUAGACUAGAGCCAACUUUGGAAUCUUGGAGUGUACCCAUGUGGUUUCUGCGACAUUAUAGAAAUGAAAGGAUUUGAAAUCACCUCCAAUGAUAUUCGUAACUUUGUUAUGAAAUUAAUUACA